AACAGCAAUGCGCGCUCCCGAUCAUAAACCUCUGACGCCUCCAUCCGGGGACUACUACGAGCUCGUUCUCCAACAUGGCGGCGUCAGCUAAGAAGAAGAAUAAGAAGGGGAAGACCCUCACUCUCACUGACUUCCUGGCAGAGGACAAGGGAGGCAGCCCUGCUCCCCCCAGCUACCCAGCCAAGUCCACUAGCUGGGCGGAUGAGACUGAUGACCUGGACGGAGAUGUCUCGACCUCGUGGCACACGGAGGAGGAUUCGUACCGGGCACCACCCAUUGACCGGUCCAUCCUGCCCACAGCACCUCGCUCAGCUCGCGAACCCAAUAUUGACCGAUCCCGACUGCCCCGCAGCCCGCCUUACACGGCCUUCCUUGGCAACCUGCCAUAUGAUGUCACUGAGGACUCGAUCAAAGACUUCUUCCGCGGCUUGGCAAUCAGUGCAGUGCGUCUGCCUCGAGAGCCCAGUAACCCAGAGAGGCUGAAGGGCUUUGGCUAUGCUGAAUUUGAUGAUGUGGACUCCCUUCUGAGGGCGCUGAGUCUAAAUGAGGAGAACCUGGGAAACCGAAGGAUCCGUGUAGAUAUUGCAGACCAGUCUAAUGAUAAAGAAAGAGACAAUGGCCCUAUGGGAGGCCGAGACAGAGGAGGACGGAUGUCGGACAUGGGUCCUGACAAGACGGACAGUGACUGGAGGGCUCGGCCCAGUGCAGAUGCUGACGAUGGACCUCCCAAGAGAGAUGAAGCCUUUGGAGAGAGAUCAAGGGACCGCUACGAGUCAGAUCGUUACAGAGAUGGGCCACGACGGGAUAAUGACCGCUACGAUGGAGGAAGAGACCGAUACAGGGAUCGCUAUGACGACAGGGACCGCAGAGACUACGAUAGAGGAGGUUUUGACUCUCGUGGUGGUGGAGGGGGUCGUCGUGCCUUUGGCAGCGGCUUCCGCCGUGAUUAUGACGACAGUCGAGGUAGCAGUGAUCGUUACGGGGAACGAGAGCGUUAUGGCGGCGGCGAGGACCGGUACGAAAGGCGUGAUGAGCGGCGGGAUGACAGAGCUCCUCAGCAGAGACCCAAGUUGAACCUUAAGCCCCGUAGCGUGCCCAAGGAGGAGGAAAGUGGCGGCGGCGGCGGCGGUGGUGGUGGUGGCGGCAGCGGUGGUGGAGGUAGCGGCAGUGGUGGUACUUCCCCAGCUGCAGCUCCGAGCUCCGGCAGCAGGGCCUCAUCCAUCUUUGGUGCAGCCAAGCCUGUUGACACAGCAGCAAAGGAGAGAGAGGUGGAGGAGAGGCUGAAGAAACAGGAAGAGAGGCUGCAGAGGCAGCUGGACGAGGACAAAGGCCGAGGACCUGAAAGGAAGAUGCGGGACAGGGACCCAAGCUGGCGCACUGAAGAAGCUCCUCCUCAGCGAUCUCGCACAGGAAGUGAGUCUUCAGGUCAAGGAAGUACUUCUGGAAGAGGCUCCCGGUGUCGAGAUAGCGAGCGCUCUGGGGAGAAUGAGGUUUUCAGUGGGAGAGAAGGUGAGCCCUCCUCCCCUGGGUCCUCCCCUCAACCCCCUACUAGCAGCUCCUCAAAGGAGCCGCUCAAGGUGAUGCCUGCACCUCCUCCAAAGGAGAACGCCUGGGCCAAGAGAAGUGCAGUCAGCACAGGCUCAAGCGAGGGAGAUGGACGACCUCCAGUCUCACCUGUCUCCCCAAGUGCUCCAGCUCCUCCCAAGUACAGCUCCCAAAGUUCUGCAGAUGAAAGAGGAUCUGGAAAAGAUGAGAACAAGGCUGACGGUGUGCGUCGGGACCGAGGGCCCCCACGGGCACGAGGGGGGCCUGCAGGGCCUGGAGCAGGGCGGGGCCGAGGAGAGGGGCCCAACAGAGACCGAAGAAAGGAGGCAGACAGAAAGGAUAACAGAAGAGACCGAGACUCAAGACCACCCCCAGAGCCAAAGAAAUUUGAAGAAACCCCAACCCCCAAGUUCAGCUCAGCCAGUAAGUACGCCGCUUUGCUAAUGGAUGGAGACCAAGGAGACGACGCAGAGGACGUAGAAUAGAGAGAAAAUAACGAGACGAGGCCUGAAAGCGCAAGAAGAGGAGAAAACGACGACCGCAGAAAAAAAUAAUCUCACAUAGCUUAUGAAAAAAAACUCCUCACAUGGAAGAGGCUCCCGGGAGGACAUCACUCCCUCCUUCCUUUCCUCCUACAAACCUGUCCUUUACUUUCAAAACACCCACCCACCCAUCAUCCCUCCCCCGCCCCUGCCCCCACCUUCAGGACUAUUCAGCUUCUUAAGAAUAGUUGCAUACUGGACUUGUUUUAAAUGGAAAAAAGGAGUAGCUGACACAUGGAAAAGUGAUGGAUAACAUUGAAUUAAUUGUAAUAAAUAAAUGGAAAAAGUGGGGAAAAAAAUGAAUUUGUAUAUUUGUGGAUUGUGUGCCAAGGUUGGAUGAUAUGACGAUUUUUUUUAAAUAUCAAUUUUUGAUUUAUUUACUUGCAUAACUACGGCAUAGUUAUUAAUUAUAAGCCCUUUUAUUCAUUAGUAAAUCAUUUUCUAUUAGUUAUUUUAACUCAAAUAAAAAUUGGUCAACGAUAUGCUGUCUUCCAAUACUAAUAGUCAUGAAUGUUAAGACAAGUUACUAAUUUAAAAAUAAUUGUCAUGUGUGCACAUUCAGCAAAGCAUCGAUUGAAUGGAUUAUGAACUGAUUAACAAUACUGAGAGUGUAAUAGACAACAGUAUUACAGGAGGACAUGUAUGCCGAAAGAAAAGCCGCCGCUAGACGAUUCUCACUCCUAGAGAAUCAAGUGCUAUUACUAUUAUCCCCAAUCAUUGUACUGAUGUUUCUUAUUUCUCCACCUUCUGAUGAAAUCAAAUCAAUUAAAGGCUCUUUGUGGUUGUUUCCAGCCGUCUUAAA